AUGUUCCAGGAGACCUUGGAGGCCAUGGGCAUCAUGGGCUUCAACGAAGACGAGCAGCUGUCCAUCCUGAAGGUGGUGUCGUCAGUCCUGCAGCUGGGCAAUAUCGUCUUCAAGAAGGAGAGGAACACGGACCAGGCGUCCAUGCCGGACAACACAGCUGCUCAGAAAGUUUGUCACCUCAUGGGCAUUAAUGUGACGGAUUUCACCAGAGCCAUCCUUACCCCACGUAUAAAAGUCGGGCGGGAUGUGGUACAGAAAGCUCAGACCAAAGAACAGGCCGACUUUGCCAUCGAGGCUCUGGCCAAGGCCACGUACGAGCGCCUUUUCCGCUGGAUCCUCAGCCGUGUGAACAAAGCCCUGGACAAGACCCACCGGCAAGGGGCCUCGUUCCUGGGAAUCCUGGACAUUGCUGGAUUUGAGAUCUUUGAGGUGAACUCCUUCGAGCAGCUGUGCAUCAACUACACCAACGAGAAGCUGCAGCAGCUGUUCAACCACACCAUGUUCAUCCUGGAGCAGGAGGAGUACCAGCGCGAGGGCAUCGAGUGGAACUUCAUCGACUUCGGGCUGGACCUGCAGCCCUGCAUCGAGCUCAUCGAGCGGCCGAACAACCCUCCAGGCGUGCUCGCCCUGCUGGACGAGGAGUGCUGGUUCCCCAAAGCCACAGACACGUCCUUCGUGGAGAAGCUGUGCUCCGAGCAGGGCAACCACCCCAAGUUCCAGAAGCCCAAGCAGCUCAAGGACAAAACAGAGUUCUCCAUCAUCCACUAUGCUGGAAAGGUGGACUACAACGCGAGUGCCUGGCUGACCAAGAACAUGGACCCGCUGAAUGACAACGUGACCGCCCUCCUCAACGCCUCUUCCGACAAGUUUGUGGCCGACCUGUGGAAGGACGUGGACCGAAUCGUGGGGCUGGACCAGAUGGCCAAGAUGACGGAGAGCUCGCUGCCCAGCGCCUCCAAGACCAAGAAGGGCAUGUUCCGCACGGUGGGGCAGCUGUACAAGGAGCAGCUGGGGAAGCUCAUGACCACGCUGCGCAACACCACCCCCAACUUCGUGCGCUGCAUCAUCCCCAACCACGAGAAGAGGUCCGGCAAGCUGGACGCCUUCCUGGUGCUGGAGCAGCUGCGGUGCAACGGGGUGCUGGAGGGCAUCCGCAUCUGCCGCCAGGGCUUCCCCAACAGGAUCGUCUUCCAGGAGUUCCGGCAGCGCUACGAGAUCCUGGCCGCCAAUGCCAUUCCUAAAGGCUUCAUGGACGGGAAGCAGGCCUGCAUCCUCAUGAUCAAGGCCCUAGAACUCGACCCCAACCUGUACAGGAUCGGGCAGAGCAAGAUCUUCUUCCGAACCGGGGUCCUGGCCCACCUGGAGGAGGAGCGGGACCUGAAGAUCACCGAUGUCAUCAUGGCGUUCCAGGCCAUGUGUCGCGGCUACCUGGCCAGAAAGGCCUUUGCCAAGAGGCAGCAGCAGCUGACCGCCAUGAAGGUGAUUCAGAGGAACUGUGCCGCCUACCUCAAGCUGCGCAACUGGCAGUGGUGGAGGCUCUUCACCAAGGUGAAGCCCCUGCUGCAGGUGACGCGGCAGGAGGAGGAGAUGCAGGCCAAGGAGGAUGAGCUGCAGAAGACCAAGGAGCGGCAGCAGAAGGCGGAGAGCGAGCUCAAGGAGCUGGAGCAGAAGCACUCGCAGCUGGCCGAGGAGAAGAACCUGCUGCAGGAGCAGCUGCAGGCGGAGACGGAGCUGUACGCCGAGGCGGAGGAGAUGCGGGUCCGGCUGGCAGCCAAGAAGCAGGAGCUGGAGGAGAUCCUGCAUGAGAUGGAGGCCCGCCUGGAGGAGGAGGAGGACCGGGGCCAGCAGCUGCAGGCGGAAAGGAAGAAGAUGGCCCAGCAGAUGCUGGACCUGGAGGAACAGCUGGAGGAGGAGGAAGCUGCGAGGCAGAAGCUACAACUUGAAAAGGUCACGGCCGAGGCCAAGAUCAAGAAACUGGAGGAUGACAUCCUGGUCAUGGACGAUCAGAACAACAAACUGUCCAAAGAGCGAAAACUCCUUGAGGAGAGGAUUAGUGACUUGACGACGAACCUCGCAGAAGAGGAAGAAAAGGCCAAGAACCUCACCAAGCUGAAAAACAAGCACGAAUCUAUGAUUUCAGAACUGGAAGUACGGCUGAAGAAGGAGGAGAAGAACCGGCAGGAGCUGGAGAAGCUGAAGCGGAAGCUGGAGGGAGAGGCCAGCGAUUUCCACGAGCAGAUCGCUGACCUGCAGGCGCAGAUUGCGGAGCUCAAGAUGCAGCUGGCCAAGAAGGAGGAGGAGCUGCAGGCGGCCCUGGCCAGGCUUGACGAUGAAAUUGCUCAGAAGAACAACGCCCUCAAGAAGAUCCGGGAGCUGGAGGGUCUCAUCUCAGACCUGCAGGAGGACCUGGACUCAGAGCGGGCCGCGAGAAACAAGGCUGAGAAGCAGAAGCGAGACCUGGGGGAGGAGCUGGAGGCGCUGAAGACGGAGCUGGAGGACACGCUGGACAGCACGGCCACCCAGCAGGAGCUCCGGGCCAAGCGGGAGCAGGAGGUGACGGUGCUGAAGAAGGCCCUGGAUGAGGAGACGCGGUCCCACGAGGCCCAGGUCCAGGAGAUGAGGCAGAAGCACACCCAGGCGGUGGAGGAGCUCACGGAGCAGCUGGAGCAGUUCAAGAGGGCCAAGGCCAACCUGGACAAGAACAAGCAGACGCUGGAGAAGGAGAACGCAGACCUGGCGGGCGAGCUGCGGGUCCUGAACCAGGCCAAGCAGGAGGUGGAGCACAAGAAGAAGAAGCUGGAGGUGCAGCUGCAGGAACUGCAGUCCAAGUGCAGCGACGGGGAGCGCGCCCGCGCUGAGCUCAACGACAAAGUCCACAAGCUGCAGAAUGAAGUGGAGAGCGUCACAGGGAUGCUCAACGAGGCGGAAGGGAAGGCCAUCAAACUGGCCAAGGACGUGGCCACCCUGGGGUCCCAGCUCCAGGACACCCAGGAACUGCUUCAAGAAGAAACCCGGCAGAAGCUCAACGUGUCCACCAAGCUGCGCCAGCUGGAGGACGAGAGGAACAGCCUGCAGGAGCAGCUGGAUGAGGAGGUGGAGGCCAAGCAGAACCUGGAGCGCCACAUCUCAACCCUGAACAUCCAGCUCUCCGAUUCAAAGAAGAAGCUGCAGGACUUUGCCAGCACCGUGGAGGCCCUGGAGGAAGGCAAGAAGAGGUUCCAGAAGGAAAUCGAGGGCCUCACCCAGCAGUUCGAAGAAAAGGCAGCUGCUUAUGACAAACUGGAAAAGACCAAGAACAGGCUUCAGCAGGAGCUGGAUGACCUGGUUGUAGAUUUAGACAACCAGCGGCAACUGGUGUCCAACCUGGAGAAGAAGCAGAAGAAGUUUGAUCAGUUGUUGGCCGAGGAGAAAAACAUCUCUUCCAAAUAUGCGGAUGAGAGGGACAGAGCGGAGGCGGAAGCCAGGGAAAAGGAAACCAAGGCCUUGUCCCUGGCGCGGGCCCUGGAGGAGGCCUUGGAAGCCAAAGAGGAACUCGAGAGGACCAACAAAAUGCUCAAAGCCGAGAUGGAGGACCUGGUUAGCUCCAAGGAUGACGUAGGCAAGAAUGUCCAUGAGCUGGAGAAGUCCAAGCGCGCCCUGGAAACCCAGAUGGAGGAGAUGAAGACACAGCUGGAAGAGCUGGAGGACGAGCUGCAGGCAACGGAAGAUGCCAAGCUGCGGCUCGAGGUCAACAUGCAGGCCCUCAAGGGCCAGUUUGAGCGCGACCUCCAGGCCCGGGAUGAGCAGAAUGAAGAGAAAAGGCGGCAGCUCCAGAGGCAGCUCCACGAGUAUGAGACGGAACUGGAAGACGAGCGGAAGCAACGUGCCCUGGCCGCCGCUGCCAAGAAGAAGCUGGAAGGGGACCUGAAAGACCUGGAGCUGCAGGCUGACUCGGCCAUCAAGGGGAGGGAGGAAGCCAUCAAGCAGCUGCGCAAACUGCAGGCUCAGAUGAAGGACUUCCAGAGAGAGCUGGACGACGCCCGUGCCUCCAGAGAAGAAAUCUUUGCCACGGCCAAGGAGAACGAAAAGAAAGCCAAGAGCUUAGAAGCAGACCUCAUGCAGCUACAGGAGGAUCUAGCUGCAGCUGAGAGGGCUCGCAAACAGGCAGACCUGGAGAAGGAGGAGCUGGCCGAGGAGCUGGCCAGCAGUGUGUCAGGAAGGAACACGCUUCAGGAUGAGAAGCGCCGCCUGGAGGCCCGGAUCGCGCAGCUGGAGGAGGAGCUGGAGGAAGAACAAGGCAAUAUGGAGGCCAUGAGUGACCGUGUCCGGAAGGCCACCCAGCAGGCUGAGCAGCUCAACAAUGAGCUGGCCACGGAGCGCAGCGCAGCCCAGAAGAACGAGAGCGCAAGGCAGCAGCUAGAGCGGCAGAACAAAGAGCUCCGGAGCAAGCUCCAGGAGAUGGAGGGGGCAGUCAAGUCCAAGUUCAAGUCCACCAUCGCGUCCCUGGAGGCCAAGAUCGCACAGCUGGAGGAGCAGGUCGAGCAGGAGGCGAGAGAGAAACUGGCGGCUGCCAAGUCAUUGAAGCAGAAGGACAAGAAGCUGAAGGAGGUGCUGCUGCAGGUGGAGGACGAGCGCAAGGCGGCUGAGCAGUACAAGGAGCAGGCAGAGAAAGGAAACGUGAAGGUGAAACAACUCAAGAGGCAGCUGGAGGAGGCAGAGGAGGAGUCCCAGCGCAUCAAUGCCAACCGCAGGAAGCUGCAGCGGGAGCUGGACGAGGCCACGGAGAGCAAUGAGGCCAUGGGCCGCGAGAUGACCGCGCUCAAGAGCAAGCUCAGAGGCCCCCUCCCCCAGGAAACUGCGCAGUGA